CGUCCGGUGAGGCCGUUUUUAUCUGUAUGCCGUGCGCGAUGUUACGCGCAUGGACGACGUUAACGUUUUGUGCCUUACAGGCACGGGAUACGCGAUCCCACGCGGUCUUAUCUUGUAAAAUUACCGGCGGCGGCGCGGGAAUUUUGCGGACGGACGCGGGUUGGGGUCGCGGCGACGGGGUUGCGCGGCGAGGGGAGUCGGGUGAGACCACGACUUUUGGCCGCGACGCGUUUGCGGCCUUGGAUUGUUUUGGCGCCGCGGACGGUUCCACGGCGCGGGCGCGUUUCUUUCCGCGCUUGACGGUUUGGAACCCAUCGGAGGUUCCGGGUUCGGGGCUGGCGGCCGACUCGAACUCCAUUUCCGACUCGGAGUCGGAGCCGGAGCUCGAUGCGCAUGACGCGAUCGACGCGGGCGCGGGGGUGGGGGGCGACAUCGGCGAGUCGCGGAUACAAACUGUUUUCACAACUCAAGGUCGCGACGCCAGCGACAGCGCGUCAAGAAUGCACAACAAUGCCGCGAUCGGUGCGACAACGACAAUGUUGGACAACUCGAGACUCACGUUCGCGACGGCAGCGACAAUAAUUUGCAAAAACGCGUCCGGACCGAACGGCGAUGCAAUCGGAACUCCCGAAAUACUAGGUCGGGCAAUAUACCUGAGGAUGAUAUUACAUGUCCUAAGUAAAGAAUUUGUCGCUUUAGAAACUCACAUUUAG